ACAUCGACACUCCCUUUCUGUGGCUUUUCCCCAGUAGAGGGAGAAAGAUGGCGCCCACUCACGUACUGAGAUGCUGUCAACGGGGUUUAGCAUGGAUACCUGUGAUUUUUAUCGCCCUGGUCGUCUGCUGGUCGUAUUAUGCUUAUGUGGUGGAGCUUUGUAUAUUCACCAUCCCCAGUAUAGGAGAGCAGAUUGUCUACCUGAUCUUCUUCCACCUCUUUUUCGUCAUGUUUGUAUGGUCUUACUGGAAGACCAUCUUCUCUCAACCUGCCAACCCUUCCAAAGAGUUCUGCCUGCCUAAGGCUGAGAAGGAGCGUUAUGAGAAGGAAGAGAGGCCAGAGUCCCAGCAAGAGAUUCUAUGGAGAGCUGCCACCAGUCUGCCCCUGUACACCCGCACAGGAGCCGGAGCAAUCCGUUACUGUGACCGCUGUCAAGUUAUCAAGCCAGACCGGUGUCAUCAUUGCUCCGCGUGUGACAUGUGUGUGCUGAAGAUGGACCACCAUUGUCCAUGGGUGAACAACUGUGUCGGAUUCUCCAACUACAAGUUUUUCAUCCUCUUCCUGGCUUACUCGCUGGUGUACUGUUUGUUCAUUGCAGCCACCGUACUGCAAUAUUUCAUAAAGUUCUGGACACUUUGCCGGAGGAAAUCGGCAGAGAACUGCCCAAAGAAUGAGCUGCCAGACACUCACGCCAAAUUCCAUGUCUUGUUUCUGUUUUUUGUGGCGGCCAUGUUCUGCAUCAGUAUUCUGUCCCUCUUCAGCUACCACCUGUGGCUUGUAGGGAAGAACAGGUCCACUAUAGAGGCGUUCAGAGCACCAGUCUUUAGGACAGGCUCUGAUAAGAACGGCUUCUCUCUGGGUUUCCGGAAGAAUAUCGCUCAGGUCUUUGGAGACCAGAAGAAGUACUGGCUGCUGCCCAUCUUCACCAGUCAGGGAGAUGGUCUGGCGUUUCCUACGCGGCUGGUCAACGCUGAUGUGGAGCAGGCCACGGUGACCCUGCAGCCCGAGCCCAAUAACAGAGCUGCUGAGCUCCCUGUGAGCCCUGUGAGCCCCGUCAGCGAGUCACAGAACCGCCUCCUGAGCAACGACCAGCAUGCCAACCACAUUGGAGACCAUCAGGCUGAUAGCACCCUCAAAUCAGCUGAUAGUGAAACCAUUACAGUCUCCAUGGAGAGCGAGUCCUAACCAGGAGAGACUCCUCAGUCAUCUAAUACGAUGCCUUAAGCAACGCAACAGUUAAGUUUGUCACCAUGGCAACAGUCUCCCAGCGCAACCCCAUGCCCACAGGCCCAUUCUGACUUACGAUGGAAAUGCAUUUAUUUUGCCCAUUCACAGCACAGUAAUUGGCCUUUUUCGCAUGCAGUGUCAUAAGCAAAUCGCACACCUAUCCCCAUAGGACAUGUGAUACAAGCUUGUUCCCUCUCACACCAAUGCGCACACACACACACACACACACACACACACAUGCUCACACUCAUACAUUCAACUAUAUACAUAUUUCCUUGUGUUGUUUAGUUUUUUUUGGGUGAUUUUUUUUUUUUAUUGAUACCAUUUAUUGAUGGUGAGAAAAUUUAAGAAUCCCAGAAGGAAUUUAAGCUACUUUUGGUGUUUAAUGGGAGAACUUUAUUGUGCCAAAAGCGUCCUGGGUGCACCAGGACUCUUUUUCUGGGCACAACGCUGCAGUGACGAGUGGGGGACAUGCUGGAGCAUUGGUUUGUUGUGAACACUUCUCUCUCGUGUUUUUAGAAAGGCAGUACAUCCCGAGGACAUGGAUCAGUUUACUUCUGUUUUUUGUUUUGUUUGUUUUUUGUCUUCUUUUUUUUAACUCAUAAUGUGGAGCGCUAUUAUUAUGAGUUAUCUGUGGUCUGCAACUUUUUGAGAUGGAUAUUUCCCACCAAAUCCUGGACUAUGUUAAAGAGGACUGUACUGGAGUGUACUGAACCAGUGCACACCAGGGAAGACUAGCUGGGUUUUGGAUGGCGUUUUGGAUAUCUGAGCACAAGGUGGCGCAUUUUCACUUUGUUAGAUUAUCAAUGUCCAUUAAAACACCCUCGCUGCUUUGUUUUUUUCUUCCUUUUUUUUAUGCCCAAAAAGCAUCCCAGGUAUAACGGAUGUUGGAUAAUUAUGUGAUUUAAGGCGUAUUGUUUGUGUGUGAAUGUGUGUGGACAGUUGAAGUCUUAUUUUGUACGAGCUAACAGCAACUAAAAUAAUUGUGUUUUUGUGGCCAAAUUGUGUUAAAACAUGCUGCGUAUAAAUGACCUGGGAGACACAUUUCAAACGGUGCAAUGUGGAGCGUCCGUCACUAUCUUUCUUUCAGAGUCAUAUGGAAGUAUGUCAUAUGCUGAUCAGUGAUUCUGAGCCCGCAAUGUCUACAGCUGUUUUUUUCUACAGCUCAGUGCUUCAGCCUUUCCUCAGACACCAACAAUCAUUGCCAAAUAAGGGCUGACCUGUCAGGAGCUCUGAACCUGAAGUGUUUACAACAUCCUAGCUUUAUAUCAAACUCACUGGCCAAUGUUAUCGUAACCAAAUUCUCUUUACCUGUCGUUGUGGCGCAAUAUUUUAUACUAGGUUUGUCAGUCCCUCCUGACUGUAGCGGGUCAUGAUGUCCUUCCAUUACCAGUGCUAGUCAACAGGUGGCGACACAGCUGCGGCUAUCUAUCUACCGUCAUUCAGAUGAGAGAUUUAUCUGAACUCUGUCUGCAUGUGGAUCAGGGCUCAACUCUGUUUCAGUCAGAUCUGCAAGAGCAGCUCUCUUCAAAAUUAAAUGCAGUUAAUAUGCAUUACCUUCCUGUAAUAACUCAUCCAGAUUUCAUUUGAAGUGAAAGUGAAUUGAAGCCCAUCUGAUCUGAUGUGAAGUUAAGGUGUCGACUACAGCGUCUUCUCUACUCUGUAUGUAUUCGGGAGUCAGCUCAGUGUUGUGGCCCUGAAUUGUUAAAGGAGCCUCAGAUUGUGUCAAACCUAAUAGUGUCAAUGUUGAACAUCUGAGUUGUGUCAAGUGUUGAAUAUCUUGGAUGUGACUCUGAGGGUCUAACAAAAUCGGUUAAGGAAGAAUUGUAGAUUCCAUGACUCAUGCACAUGUCCAAAUCUGUUAAAGAACGGACGAUUCUGUCAGUUUAACCAAAUAACAACCGUUCAGGAUUGUGUUACAUCCUUUUCCAAGGAAUUUUGCAACUUUCCAAGGAAUUAUGCAACUUUCCAACUCCCAUUGGAGGGAGACCCAGCUUACUCCUCAUGUCUGGCAUUGCUCGUGUCAUUUUGACCACAUCCCUUAUCUUUGCUGGAAGAGCCUCCUACUAACUAGAUCCCACCGGACUCUGGGGAUGUACAAGUUUACAGCUGUUUCUGUUGUGUAGAGUGGGGUAGUGAUGUUGUACGGUGUGUUUCUUGGUAAUCAUUGUCACAGUUGUGCUGAAUGUAGACGGGACAGUGGGGGGACUUGAUCGAAUGAUGGAGCGUUUUAAAACCGCCCGCUCUUUCGACUUUAUGUUUACAUUUUAUCCUUCCAAUCAUGUUUGAUUUGAUGUUUGAAUCAAGUGUGAUUGGAGGACAUUUGUUACUGUGUGAAUUAUGUUAAGUGUCAAAAUAACAUUGUGGUUUGAUCUCGAUUAUUCAGAUUCAAUUAGUGUCAGAGAUCGUGAUUCAAGCCAAGAUUGUGUUCCGAUCGUGUGUAGAUCUUUUCUAAACCUCAAACUCAAAGAUUUGGUUUUAAUAGAAAUGCAAAAAUAUGUAUCAUCUGUAAGGUGCGUGGCUCAUUACCCUCAUCACUUAGGGCCACUAAUUCAAAAAAAAAAAAAAAAACAUUGGACCUGUCGAUUUUGUUGUUCUACAAAUUGCCUAUAUUCUCUCUCCGGGCUGUUUGGCCUUGAGACUAAAGUGUGCGUGUGUAUUUUGUAAUGCUUAAUUGAGUGUUCUUUUGUAAUAUUGUUUUCUUGGAAGAAAUGCUUCUGUGCAGCCAUUAGAUUUUUCUAAACAUCUUGUGCGUACAUAACGUCUGAACAAUGCUCAAAAGCAUGGCGCCUAACUUGUGUAAAAAUGUGUUUUAUCAUGAUAAUAGGGAUUGUGGUGUUAACAUUGGGGGUUUUCAAUUAUUGCUAGGUGCGUCAUGUUUUAACUCCGCUUUACUCUGGUCCGUCUCAACUUUAUAAAUGAAGCCAUAAAAACUGCUGUGAAAAGGGAGGAAGGGUCUGGAAAUGUCAGCCUAAUUUCAGUCAUUUCUUGUUAGACUGUAAACAUUUUACAUCUGCAUUCCCAUUGCAGAUGUAGCUUAUCAUUUGCUUAUUGCUACACUUUGGUUUCUUUUUGUUACAAUGUCCUAUUUUACAAUGUGUGUAUAUACAGUAUAUAUAUUGAUAAUGUAAGAAAAAGACUACAUAUAUAUUUUUCUUGUCUGAUUAAUUUUACCGUUCCUAUUUUGUGAAUGAAGUACUUGCCUCUAUACAGUUAACGUAAAAAUAAUAAUAAAUGUUUUUUAAACCAAAUUUU